AUGAGUUCCCAGCAGCAGAAGCAGCCCUGCGCCCCACCCCCUCAGCUGCACCAGCAGCAGGUGAAGCAGCCUUGCCAGCCUCCACCCCAGGAACCAUGUGUUCCCAAAACCAAAGUGCCUGAGCCCUGCCACCCCAAGGUGCCUGAGCCCUGCCACCCCAAGGUGCCUGAGCCCUGCCACCCCAAGGUGCCUGAGCCCUGCCACCCCAAGGUGCCUGAGCCUUGCCCCUCAACGGUCACUCCAGUGCCAGCUCAACUGAAGACAAAGCAGAAGUGA